CCAUUACUCUAUAAAUGACACAAGUAAGCACAACCCACCAUAUAUACCAAACUUACAAAUAUAUCUUCUCGUUAACAUAGUCAUUCUCGCUACACUUUUGUAAGCACCACCACCAUGGCUGAAGAGAAGAAGCACCACCACCUAUUCGGCCACCACAAGAAGGAUGAGGACAAGCCCAUUGAUGCGGUGCCCUACUCCGAGACCGGCUACUCCGAGCCCACCUAUGCCGGCGACAGCAUGGGUGGGUACCGUGAAAGUAAGAUUGGUGGGUACGGUGAAACUAAGACCGGCUACUCCGAGACCACCUAUGCCGGCGACAGCAUGGGUGGGUACGGCGAAAGCAAGAUGGGUGGGUACGGCGAAAGCAAGACCGGCCACUCCGAUACCACCUAUGCCGGCGACAGCAUGGGUGGGUACGGCGAAACUAAGAUGGCAUCUGCUGAGAAAGCCCAUGAUUAUGAGAAAGAGGAGGAGAAGCACAAAAAACGCGAACACAAGGGUGAGGUUGCCGCCGUCACUGCUGGUGCCUAUGCCCUGUAUGAGAAGCACAAGGCAAAGAAGGACCCGGAGAACGAACAAAGGCACAAGAUAGAGGAAGAAAUUGCAGCAGCAGCAGCAGUUGGAUCAGGUGGAUAUGCAUUCCACGAGAAGCAUGAGAAGAAAGAAGCAAAGGAAGAUGAGGAAGAGGUUGAAAGAAAGAAGAAACACCACUUCUUCUAAUUGAAAGUGCCCUUCAUGUCUUUCCUUUCCUGUGGAUUUGGGUUAUCUUUAUUAGCAAAGACCCAACUACCCUAAAUAAUUGUAAUUGUGUUUGUUUGUGUGUGCGUGUCUCUCUGUGAGUAUGAGUUUGCUUUCAGGGUCCAUGUGGACCUAGUAAAUCAAAGCAGUCUUAGUUAACUAAUUCUGUAUUUAUAACCAUUGUGGGUAAUAAUAUGGUUUGAAAUGUGCAUAUAUGUGUAUUUUUUGUGAAUUAUUUAGCUUUUGUCUUGAAUGACAAGUGGCA